AUGCCCCGUCGCAGUUCUGGCAACACAGAGAAUCCUGCUCCCAGACGCCAAAGUGCUCGCAUAGCCGCAGCAGUUGCGAAUAAGCCAACCACCCCCUCACCCGUUAAAAAAACGCCAAGGCGAGCUGUUAAGAGAACAUCAGCGGAUCAUUCCGCCAAUGAAAACGCCGAACUGAACGGUACUGAAGACAGUUCCAGGGAUGCUUCCAGUGUUGAACAGACUUCAGAAAAAAGGCAGAAAAUUGAUGGAGAUGAAGAGUGUGUCGAAAACCCACAAUCAAAUGAACAGGAAAAAUCGGCCAGUGGAAUCGAUUCAAAAUUGGAUGACACAAAAUCUGAAGCUACGAAGGAGGUUGCUCAAGAAUCCACAAAAAAUCCCUUGGAGUCAGAGCAUCAGACGGCAACUGAUGAGGGAUUCGAAGUAGUUGAGAAAUCUGAUGUGCCUCAGCCCGAUAGCGAUGACGUCAAGAGCGCUAUCGCCGCUCAAGGCGAAGACGGACAGUUGCUUGUAAACUUCGUGCAAGUCUCAAAGGACGACCUUCCUCCUGCAGUUCCAGAAAAUAGUAGUGUUGGUGCUGCCGAAAAACCUCCCACAAAUGGAACCGAACCCUGUGAACUUGGUAAAGGUGACAUUGGCGCCGGUGAUGUAGUUGUUGAAGAACCCGCUCACUUAGAAUCCGAGCAAAAGAAAGAGGGGACUCCAACAGGUCAGCCUCCAGAAACGGCAGUAUCUCAUUAA